AUGUCUUCUUCAUCUUCGAACCCUAACGCUCUAAACAACACAAAUACUCAUAAUAAUGUCCCAUAUGCCUCAUCACCACCCACAUUAUUGCCAUGUGGCUUUCCCCCCAACACCACUUUCGUCCAAACAGACCCUUCGAACUUUCAGGCCGUCGUCCAGAGACUCACCGGUGCAACCCAAGACCCAUCGGUCCAGAAGCUCCCCGUCGUUCUCCCCGCACGCCGUGCCGGAAAACCCAACUCCGGCGGCCAUCACCGCCCACCCUUCAAGCUCCACGAACGGAGGCUGCGGACCGGGAAAAAGCUCCAGAUCACCCUCAACGGCGGCGGCGGAACAGUUGGCCCUUCGGCGGCGGCGCGUGUGGUGAUGGGCUCACCCGUGUCGCCGCUGGAAAUGUUGGCACGACGGAGCCCGACGACGUCGGCGGCGGUGGGAAAUGAAGAAGAAGAAGAAGAGAGGGGGAUUUCGGAGAAGGGGUUUUGUUUCCGUCCGAGUCCACUCAGUACGCCGAGAGGCGGCGGCCGGUCUGAACCGCCGGAGCUUUUGCCUCUGUUUCCCCUUCACUCGCCAUCGACACGCCACCAUUCAUCUUGUUCAUAA